AUGGCGGGUUUAGUGACCUCGCCAACGGCGAUCCACCCUGCCCUCAGCGAUCCGACCACGGGCGGGGCAACCGUCAACUCCGACGGGCGCCUCCCUCACAGGAGGUCAGCGUCCAUUUCAGCAUAUCCGCCCGGAACUUGGAACUCUACCACCACAAACCACCUGCCCCCGCUGCCUGCUCUUGUGCCCGAAAAGUCUCACCAACCAAGCGAUGCCGAGCGGGACGGCGUCCUGCCCGAGCAGUCUGCUUUAGGCGUGACCAGUCCCGUCUCAGCCAGGGACAUCCAACUGCCGCCCCGGGGCUACGGUCACCGCAAGAACGCGCUGUCCAUCGAGUCUGUCCCGCGACAGACUAUUAUGAAAGCGCUGGCUUCUGUGGCCCGAAACAACAAGCCCGAAGCUCUGUCCCUGCCCGGUAUGCUGUCUGCACAUGCCGGCGCCGACGGCCGCCCUGGCUCCUCGUCGUCGCAGCGACUCUCCAAUGCUCUCAAUGAGCUCGCCAAUCGGAACACGCCCACGACUGCAUUCCCGUCGCUGCAGUCCCCUUGCUUCUACCACCAGCGCUUCGACGACGCAGUGGACAUCGACAAGGUGCUGGAGGAGAUCAAGAACGAUGAUUGGAUGUCCCACUCCCGUCUGGUGCAGACGGCCACUGGCGUGCGCGAGGUUUCCAAGCAGCUUCAGCGCAGGCCCAUCCGGCGAGCUGUGCGCAACGUCAUGAUUGUGACCAAGGCUCGUGACAAUGAGCUGGUACUUCUUACCCGGGAGCUGACCAUGUGGCUCCUGCGAACGCCCCGCUACGGUUCCGAUGUUGGCGUCAAUGUCUAUGUCGACGCCAAGCUUCGAAACUCUAAGCGCUUCGGCGCUGCGAGCAUCAUUGAAGACGAUUCCCGCUUUGGAUCCAUGCUGCGAUAUUGGUCCCCGGAUCUUUGCUGGAGCCAACCCGAGAAGUUUGAUCUGGUCGUGACCCUUGGAGGUGACGGCACUGUGCUCUUCACCUCGUGGCUCUUCCAGAGGAUCGUACCACCCGUCCUGUCCUUCAGUCUGGGCAGUCUGGGAUUCUUGACCAGUUUCGAGUUUGAGAAGUAUAAGCAGCAGUUGAACCGCAUCAUGGGCGACGAGGGCAUGCGCGUCAACCUUCGCAUGCGAUUCACCUGCACGGUCUACAGAAACGGCACCUCCGGGAAUGAAAUGGAAGAAGGGGAGCAGUUCGAAGUGCUCAAUGAGCUCGUCAUCGACCGUGGCCCGUCCCCCUACGUGUCCAACCUCGAGCUGUACGGCGACAACGAGCUCUUGACGGUCGUCCAAGCCGAUGGCUGCAUCUUCUCGACACCCACGGGAUCCACAGCUUACUCACUAUCAGCCGGAGGCUCUCUGGUGCACCCGGAUCUCCCGGCAAUCCUACUUACACCUAUCUGCCCGCACACCUUGUCCUUCCGACCGAUGGUCCUAAGUGACACUAUGCUGCUGCGGGUCUCCAUUCCGAGAAACUCCCGUGCUACCGCCUACUGCGCUUUUGACGGCAAGGGUCGUCUCGAGCUGAAGCAAGGCGACCACGUCACCAUCACCGCGUCACAGUACCCCUUCCCAACCGUCAUGUGCACUGGUACAGAAUGGUUCGACAGUGUGUCCCGCACCUUGCAGUGGAACACCCGAGCUGCAACCCAGAAGGGCUUUGAGAAUCAGAAGACUGGCGACGGCAGUGAGACGUCGAAGGAGGACGACGAGCCCGAGUGGGACAUUGACACCGACUCGGCAUGCUACGCCAGCGAGGAGGGCAGCAUCAGCGCCAGCCCCCUAAGAAGACAGAUGAGCCUCUUGGGCAUGUAG